CCAGACCCUGCCUCUGGACCAGUGUGGAAGGAAGCAUUUGCGGGGAAACAAUGACCAAGAACCAAAAGGGAAAGACCUUUCUCCCUAACUGCCUGCAUCAGUCACUGCCCCCACUGCUGGGAUGGAGCGUGAUUUUCUCCUACGUAAAACCAAGAAACAAGGAGUGCACCUCUGUCUCCAGUGUGCCUCCUGUCUUUCACUUCAGCCCGCAGCACUGUACGCACCUCAAGAACCAAUAUUUGAAAAAAGCCGCUUCAAACCUUACCUUCUCUCAGGAGGUGGUGUGGCAGCGAGGGCUACCCAGCCUUCCCUACACCCAGUACAGCUUUGACCACCUCUACAAUGCAGACAGCAUCAUCCAACCUCCCCUCAUCAGGAAGACCCGACCUGAGAAGCCUGUCAGCUUCAAGUUCUUGGAUUCUUCAGGUCCCUCAGCAAGAGUCCCAUCCCAGGCUGUGAAAACAGAAAGCUCUGCCAAUCUUAAGAAGAAACGAAAGAAAUCAAAGUCAGCAAGUGCAGCCCAGGAAACAUCUCGCCCUCUCGCUCCUCAUCCCUCCAGGGAUCUAGACAUUCUGGGUCUGUCAUUUUCUCCAGAUGUGAACCUGGAGAGGGAAGCCUGGCUUCUGCCCCAUGAAAAAGAGGCCAGAGCCUGGGAGGCCAUCGUGCUGGAAAAGCUGAAUAAGCGCACUGCCCGAUGGAUCCAGAACAAGCGUCCUUUAAGGCCUGGGGUAUCCCCCAACAAGUGGCAGAGCUUCUUGCGACAGCAAUACGACUGGAGCCACAUCCGGGAUGAGCUCACUUCCAGCAGUGACCUGGAGCUCUUGAAACAGCUGGAGGAAGAAGAGACAGCAGAGUUUGAGGAUCGAAGUGUUAUCCUGCCCACCGAGGAGAAAAAGGAGCCAGAGCUGCUGCUUCCUGUUUAUUACAGAUUGCCCAAUUACUUGCAGAAAGUCGAAACGAUGUCUAGCAACAAUAAGACCUCUAAGGAUAUCAAUGGAAAGAGGAGUUUCUGGCAGCACCAAAACCAGAGCUACUUCCGGCAAGUGAAUCCUCGAGCUGGAAAGUUUGCUUACUCCACUGACAACGCCUUUGAACAGGAUAUUUACUUUGAUAAAGUCCGGGUCAUCCACCAGAUUGGUGCAAAGAGAGACCAGAUUUUCCUGGAAAACCUCAACAGGUACAACAAGCAGCUAUCUAAGGUCUUUCCUGAAACCCCAGAAAAGUGGACUUCCCAGCCAGUUCCAGAAGCACCUUGUAGGCCCGUGAUAGGAGCCCUGCGCUGGACUGCUUUGCCCAUUCCGGCCAAGGAUCUGCUGCUGCAGGUGGGUGAGGAGGACGAGCCCACAAAGAUCAAGAAAGAAUCACUGAAGGAGAAUGUGACCUGGAAAUUGGUGGUCCUGCGGAGGAUGCUGCAGGAAUGGAAGACUACCUGGGAUCUAAUCAUCGAGUGGCACCAUGAGACAGUUGAGGGUCUGCUGCGGAAAUUAGUGGACAUGAAUGAUGAUAUUCGGAUCCAAGCCAUCGUCACAUGUGCCACAGCUGCUUUAGAACGACCCCGGACUGCCAUCAGCCAGGGGGACUCAGAUAAGGAGACUGUGAAAGCCCAAUCAAUCCAGGACUUGCCAGAGGUUUUACGGCCUGCUCUGGAGGCUGCUCUUUGUGACAAGAAUCUCAAUGUGCAGAUGGCAGCAGCGGUAUGCCAAUAUGCCAUACAGUCACAUAAUCCCCUUGCCCAGGACAUCAUGCAGACUGUCCUUGAGAAGGAUAAUAGCAUAGACAGCUGGGUUGCAGCUCAGUGCUUGGCUUUGGAGGGUACAGCCACUUACCCCGUGAUUAAGAGGAUUCUCCAUCAGCUGUUUAACAAGAAGAAUGAGGACACCGAGGACCAGGCUUACAUGCUCCUGAAACAUCUCAGUGGGAAGACGACCCUGAUACACACCAUGCUUGCUGUGGAGCUGAACAGCCGUCAAUGGAAGGACCGGGUUAUGGCCUGCCGGGCUCUCUCGCAGAUCACUGGAAAUGUCUGUUUGGAUAUGAAACAUAAGUUGAUCCAGUUGAUGUGGAGUGAUUGGAAUAAGGAAGUAAGACAUGCAGCUGCCAUAGCUCUGGGACAAAUGAGUCUUGGGAAAGAGGUGCAUAACACAAUCAGAGUCAAGCUGGAUCAAGGAAAUCCCCAACAGCGUGUGGAAGCCCUGUCCCUGAUUGGUGGGCUCAAGCUCAUGACAGCCAAACUUCUCCCAAGCUUCCUACACUGCUUCUAUGAUGACUUCAUGGCAGUUCGGCAAGCAGCCUGUUUAGCAGCAGGUGCCCUACAGAUUCGUAAUACAAUGGUCCUUAAAUGCCUUCUGAAUCUGAUAGAGAGAGACCCUUACUGGAAAAUCAAGGCCUUUGCCAUUCGAGCUUUGGGACAGAUUGGCCAAGUGAGUCCCCAGCUGACAGACCUCCUGCUCUGGGCUAUCCACUAUGAAGCGUCACCAGAUGUGCGAUUAGAAGCUUGCCGUAGCAUCCUAGCCCUCAAACUUCAAGGGGACCGGGUCAGGGACACCUUCCUAAACGUGCUGCUCCUAGAAAACCAUGAUGCUGUUCUAAAGGAAAUUCACCAGGCAAUGAAGAUUCUCAAGUUAGAAAGUGAAGGAAACCAACAAAUGCUGCAGGAAAUCAAGAACAGGAUUCAAACACUAAGCCAAAAGGACUUGGUGACUCAGAAAAUAUUCAAGAUCGAGGCGGUCAUAAAAAAACUGAAGGAGGAAGCAAAACAUGUUUACUUACAACCCAAAGAAGGGCAAAAACCACCAAAACUCCAUACUUUUCUUCAAGAAACACUUCAUGAUGAGGCUCCUAGAAGAUCAUCUGAGUUUUCUGACAUUGAAGCAGUCAUAAAGGUAAAUGUGAGCAGAUCAAUGGUGAUCAAGCCUAUGAGGCCUCACACACCAAAUCCCUGGUCACGGAGUCCAGUCCUCGGCCUAAAUGCAAGAAGCAGAGGUCACUCAUCACUUGUCAAUGAUCUACGCACCACUCGGGAAAAAAGGAUUGCAAUGGGACCAUUUGGAUCUGACAACCCAGAUUUCUAGCUGGGUAAAUACUCAAAGACAAGG